CGUUGUUUCUGCUUCGCGUUCAUUCGACGUGGAAUCAAUUUGACACUAGUCUGCUUUACUUUCACCCAGUGGCAGCGAGUAGAUUCAUUCUGUAUAUCACUCGUUGUAGAUCGUGCUUCGUUGUUUGUUGGUGCCUAAAAAAUUGGAAUUUUCGCUUGAGAUCGCUUAUUUUGUGUGUUCUUAUUUGUUCUAAAUUAACGAUAAGCUAAUUCAUCUAGACAUGGAUCAAAUCGUCAGGAUCUACGAGCCAGGUCGUUCGUUUGCCAAGGACUCCAUAAGGUUGAUUAAACGCUGUACAAAACCCGACCGUCGAGAGUUCCAAAAGAUUGCCAUAGCCACGGCAAUUGGUUUCUGCAUUAUGGGAUUUAUCGGUUUUUUCGUUAAACUGAUACACAUCCCAAUCAACAACAUAAUUGUGGGAUCGUAAGAGCCUAUGCUUUCUUUUGAAUAGUUUUGCACGAAGUAAGAAAAUUAUUAUACAACAUGAAAAAGGAUAAAUACGCUGUUGAUCCCCAAUAAGAUGGAGAUUCAUUAUUCAUUGCAACUGUCCUUACCACCUUUAUUAAGUAAUUCAAAUCUAGCGUUUAACAUUUGUUUUGUGAAUGUUAGGAUAAGGAAAUGGAAGUAAAAUUAUUUAAGUAACGAUUUGAGAAAUACUACUGUUUGUUUCUUUAUAACUACA